AUGACCACCGCGUGCUGUUGCCACAGCGGCGGCUGCGGCUUGGAGAUUGGGGGGGAGCAGCUGAAGAGCCUCGUUUCUGCCUGCAUCCUCGUCAUCGCGACGCGCAUGGAGCUGGGCGUCGGCAUGCGCGAGGUCGCCCGGAGCGCGGGCUUGCAGGCGGGCGACGUCAGCAAGGCGCUGUGGAAGGUCUGCAAGGUCUGCGGCCUGCGGCUGCGGAGGACCCGCCGCCAGUCGCUGGAGCAGCGCGCGGGCGCGCCCAGGCAGCGCGGCCUGCUCUGCCGGACGGCGUCGCGGGGUGGCGCGGGCGUGGACCCGCGCAUGGAUUCAGACAGUCCAGACUGGUGCCACGGGACGGCAGCCUGCAGCGUCUCCGUCCUGUAG